UUUCCCUUUGAAUUGUGUAGGCUUGUUCUCUUCAUGGCAUUUGGUCUUCAACAUUGCCAAACCUUUUUAGAUUGAAUAACACACAAUAUCAAAGUCACAUUUUGUUUUCUCACUGAAGAUCAUCCAAGUUCCGAGGAGCAGCAGGAGCCGGAGUGCGUCCAAAUGAAGGAGGAAGAGCAGGAGGAGGAAAUCGGCAAGUUUCCAUUGACUGGAGUCAGCGUGAAGAGUGAACUCGUCGAUGCAGGAUCCCAGGCGGACGGCCUCCUCCCGCCACUUUCAGACGGGGACGCCACAGCAUCCCGCUCUUCUGACACUGGCAGUGACGACGAUGACGACGAACACGCUCAAGACCUCAAUGAAGAAGAGCACUCAAGGGGAACAUUUAAAUGCACACGCAAGCAGCAGGAGCCAGCGUAUGGCCAAAUUAAAGAGGAGGAGCAGGAGGAGGAGCGUGAGUGCCCUUACGUUAAAGAAGAAGAGCAGGAAGAUGAAAUCAGCAAGAUUCCAUUGACUGGAGUCAUUGUGAAGAGUGACGAAGCUGAUGGGGACCAGGAUGGGCCAUCCCAAUCGGACAGCCUCUUAGCUCCACUUUCAGAUGGUGAUGACGUGACGUCACGCUCUUCUGACACUGGCGGUGACGACGACGAUGAUGAUGAACACGUUACAGACCUCAAUGAAGAAGAGCACUCAAGGGGAACAUUUAAAUGCACACGCAAGCAGCAGGAGCCAGCAUAUGGCCAAAUUAAAGAGGAGGAGCAGGAGGAGGAGCGUGAGUGCCCUUACGUUAAAGAAGAAGAGCAGGAAGAUGAAAUCAGCAAGAUUCCAUUGACUGGAGUCAUUGUGAAGAGUGACGAAGAUGAUGGGGACCAGGAUGGGCGAUCCCAAUCGGACAGCCUCUUAGCUCCACUUUCAGAUGGUGAUGACGUGACGUCACGCUCUUCUGACACUGGCGGUGACGACGACGAUGAUGAUGAACACGUUACAGACCUCAAUGAAGAAGAGCACUCAAGGGGAACAUUUAAAUGCACACGCAAGCAGCAGGAGCCAGCGUAUGGCCAAAUUAAAGAGGAGGAGCAGGAGGAGGAGCGUGAGUGCCCUUACGUUAAAGAAGAAGAGCAGGAAGAUGAAAUCAGCAAGAUUCCAUUGACUGGAGUCAUUGUGAAGAGUGACGAAGAUGAUGGGGACCAGGAUGGGCGAUCCCAAUCGGACAGCCUCUUAGCUCCACUUUCAGAUGGUGAUGACGUGACGUCACGCUCUUCUGACACUGGCGGUGACGACGACGAUGAUGAUGAACACGUUACAGACCUCAAUGAAGAAGAGCACUCAAGGGGAACAUUUAAAUGCACACGCAAGCAGCAGGAGCCAGCGUAUGGCCAAAUUAAAGAGGAGGAGCAGGAGGAGGAGCGUGAGUGCCCUUACGUUAAAGAAGAAGAGCAGGAAGAUGAAAUCAGCAAGAUUCCAUUGACUGGAGUCAUUGUGAAGAGUGACGAAGCUGAUGGGGACCAGGAUGGGCCAUCCCAAUCGGACAGCCUCUUAGCUCCACUUUCAGAUGGUGAUGACGUGACGUCACGCUCUUCUGACACUGGCGGUGACGACGACGAUGAUGAUGAACACGUUACAGGUGAUAUGACACGUCAUGCUGACAACAAACGAGUGAAAUGUUCUCAGUGUGAAAAAACGUUUGUCAGCAAGUCAUCCUUAACAAUACACACAAGAACACACUCUGGAGAAAAACCUUUUGCCUGCUCCGCUUGUGGUAAAAGGUUCACUCAUAAGGGACAUUUAAAAAUUCACACAAGAACUCACACUGGGGAAAAACCUUUUGUGUGCUCAGAUUGCGGUAAAGCAUUUUCUGUAAAGACCAGCUUAACACUGCACAUUAGGACGCAUACUGGCGAGAAACCUUUUGUCUGCUUGGCUUGUGGGAAAAGAUUCAUUGACAAAGGACAUUUGACAGCGCACACAAUAACGCACACCGGAGAAAAACCCUUUGCCUGCUCAGUAUGUGGCAAAGGCUUUUCUGUCAAAGGAGAAUUGAAAAUCCACGCGAGAACGCACACUGGGGAAAAACCCUUUGCCUGCUCAGUUUGCGGGACAAGAUUCAGGCAGAAGGGCCAUUUGAAAGCGCACCGAAGAACACACACUGGAGAAAAACCUUUUCCCUGCUCCGUUUGUGAAAAAAGAUUCACUCAAAAGAGACUUUUAAUAGUACACACAAGAACGCACACUGGGGAAAAUCCUUUUACCUGCUCGGGCUGUGAAAAAAGCUUCUCUCAAAAGAGGCUCUUAAUAGCCCACAGAACAAUUCACACUGGAGAAAAUCCUUUUGGUUGCUCAGUUUGUGGUAAAACAUUUUCUCGGCGGGAAGAUUUAACCAGGCACACGAGAACGCACUCUGGAGAAAAACCGUUUGCCUGCUCGGUUUGUGGUCAAAGAUUUUCUCGAAAGGAUCGGUUAACAAGGCACGCAAGAACACACUCGGGCGAAAAAGCUUUCGCCUGCUCGGUUUGUGGCAAAACCUUUUCCACCAAGGAAGAUUUAACGAGGCACACAAGAACACAUUCUGGAGAAAAACCUUUUGCUUGUUCGCUUUGUGCUAAAACCUUCUCUGCAAAGGGCAACUUGAGAAAGCACGCCAGAACACACUCUGGAGAAAAACCUUUUGCCUGCUUAGUUUGUGGGAAGAGAUUCUCUGUCAAGAAAAGCCUAGCAAUGCACACAAGGACACACACAGGAGAGUAUCCUUUUGCCUGCUUAGUGUGUGAUAAAAGAUUCGUUCAAGAGGAACAUUUAAUCCAACACACAAGAAAACACACCGGAGAAAAAUCUUUUGCCUGCUCCGUGUGUGGCAAAAGAUUCAACGAUAAGGGGCAUUUAGCCGCACACAGCCGAACACACACCGGAGAGAAACCCUUUGCCUGCUCUGUUUGUGAGGUACAGUUCAGACAGAAGGGCCAUUUAAAAGCACACAGAAAGACACACACUGGGGAGAAACCUUUUCCCUGCUCGGUUUGCGGGAAAAGAUUCACUCGGAACUCGGAUUUGACGAGGCACACCAAAACACACAGCGGCGAGAAAGCCUUUAGUUGCAGUCUGUGUGACAAAAGAUUCUCUCGCAAGGAUCAGGUCAAGUUGCACAAGUGCACUCGUGAGAAGAGCACUCGUGACUAACGUGUAUUCGGGACAGAUUUUUGGGGGUCUCUUUUUCAGGCCACAAACAUAAACGAGUAGUUAACGUGUAUCUUUUUGCCCACGUUUGGUCUGAGUCUGCUUAGCUUUCAUUGCACUGUCGAGCCUUCCUCCAGCGAUGUCUGCAACUUCAAUACACGAUAGGCACAACGGUUACAUGAUCUCUCAAUGCUCUGAGCUCAACUCCGCCAGUAUUGCAUGACUGUGUGUGUGGGUGUGGGUUUUCUGGGGGGUCGGGGGGGAUCUUCUGAAGGUUAACAAUAUGUACUGACUCAAAGUAUAAUCUGAGAGAAUUCUGCAUUGUCCGCCACUGCUCAGUUGUUAAUCAGGAUUAAAAAAAAAUCCCAAGGCUCGGUAUCGGGACCAUUGAGAUGCUCAUUUUCGAUGAACAGUCGCUGGAAUAAGUGCAGAUGACGCCAUGAUUUAUUGCUCUUCAUCUUCAAUCACGAAGGCAGGCAUUUUGACUUUUGACAAACUACUUUUAAUGUAAUCCAGUCCCGCUUGUAUGUUACAUUGCUUUAGAACACAGACAACACCAAGAUGGUGGUUUCCUCUCAUACCAAGGUGCCACCACAGGAAAACCUGUAGAGCAGGUUUUGAAAGUACAAAUACCGCACUUGGGUUUUGUCCCAUGAGGAGCUUUGAUUGAAAGCUCAAAAAAUGUGGUGACAGAACUGAAGGUGGAGCUUGGGCUCCUUUUCCCGAAAUUGAUCUG